GGUGAGAAGCCUGUGUGCAGCGAGAGGUAGCCAGGCUGGGCUUAGUGGCGCUUCUCCCGUGCUGUGGCUCACAUUUUGGUACUAAAGGCCGAGACUGUCCGGACGUCGACAACUUCUGCGGCGAAGGCUUAAGCUCUCGGAGAGUGGCAGAGUACAGUCCAGAAGGGGAGCUUCUGGUCAGCCUAGGUGAACUCGGACGCCAGCACCCAGCGCCCCCUUUCCAUCACCAUCAAGAUUGUGAAGGGGAUCGUGCGCCUGCCUUACCUUCUGUGGGGUGAGGAAGUCUUUAAGGUACCACGUCGCGGCCAUUGGCGAGGAGGCAGCCGGAAGGUGAACCUAAGAGAGACAGAAGAAUUUGAGAGAGGCAGACUACACUGAAGAGGGAGCUUUGCAAGAUUCUAUCAUAAUGAAUGGAUCUAGCAUGGCAAAUACAUCACCCAGUGUAAAAUCCAAAGAGGACCAAGGGUUAAACGGGCAUGAUGAGAAGGAAAAUCCAUUUGCAGAGUACAUGUGGAUGGAGAAUGAAGAGGAUUUCAACAGACAGGUGGAGGAGGAGCUACAAGAGCAAGACUUCCUGGACCGCUGCUUUCAGGAGAUGCUAGAUGAGGAGGACCAAGACUGGUUUAUUCCAGCAAGAGACCUGCCUCAGGCCGUGGGGCAGUUGCAGCAGCAGUUAAACGGACUGUCAGUCGGCGAUGGCCAUGAUUCUGAAGAUAUUUUGAGCAAAAGUAACCUGAACCCAGAUGCCAAGGAGUUUAUUCCAGGAGUGAAGUACUGAUUGCAGAGAAAAGCUUCGAGGAGGACUUAGCUGUUCCCACAUCUGGGGAUAGUAAUGCACAAAAGGGCGGAGCUGAAGAGGGGGUGGGUGGGCAAGGGAUGCGCAGCGCGAUGGGGAAUAGUGGAUUAGAUGGAUACUGUGACUCUGAGUAGCUGAUGUGCUCAGUCUUACUACAAGCCUUUGAGUAUUUAUUUCUCUUUGGUUCUACUGACUUUCGUUUGGAGCACUUUCCUGUUUUGUUUCUAAUUAGCUCUUUUGAGUUAAGGAAAUUGUAAUUUUUUUUCUUUUGUCAAGAAUGGCCUGCUGUCUGUAUUUAAACGAAAUAAGCUGACCAAGCAAAGCAGGGUGUUGAAGAAACACCCUUCUCAUCUAUUGCAUAUCUACCAGGAGCAGGGAAUGUCUACUUGUGGAGUCUAAUAAGCUAGAUAGGAAGAGGGGAAAGCUGAAGAAGCAGAUCACACAAACCAGAAUAGGAAGCCCCGCUGCCGUGCCCCUUGGGGUUUCCACAAUGCCCUGGGAUUCUCAGCGGCCUGCUGAGCCCCUGUCUUCCUGCUCUAACCCCCUUUCCAGAGUUACAGUUCUUGGUUUAUGGUAGCUCUUUGAUGGUUGGUGAAGGUUGUAAAUCAGAGAAAGACUGUCAUAUUGAUUGUCACUUCAGUCAUUUAGUAACUGUUGUCCUUUUCUUAAGCCUCUGUUUACAGCUAUCAUUAGACCAUUACUAAGUGAAAGGGGAUUUAAGGUUGAUUUGCCAUCUUGAUGCUCAUAGUAUCUGUUCCCCUUGAUUCUUUUCCAGCCCAGGCCUAUUGUUUCUAAGCAAAAUGUUACCAAAAAUAUAGGAGAGGCCUUCUGGCCUUAAGAAAUCAUCCUAAUCCUGUUUGAUGCAUCUUACACUUAUUAGGACAACUUAUUAUUGCUAUUUAGCAACCCCAUCAAUACUUGGUUCUCCUGGUAUCUUAAUUUCCUCAGAAAGGUUUAGGUACUUUUUUUUUAGGAAAAUACGUUUUUCAGGACACUAGCAAGAAGCUCAUUACACAAUGUGUAUGCUUCUCUUCACUUUACAGAAUUAUGCAAAAGACCUCAGAAAUGACUUAGAAGUCCUGCUUGGCCCACGUGGCUGAACCUGAUCCUAGUAGAUAGAUAAAGCUAUUGUCAAAUGUUACUAUUCCCGCACACUGUAUUUUGAAUUUUUUAGGUUGACUCUGUGCCUGUUGUCUUCCAUGCCUAUAACUCACUGAGGUUUUUUGUUAAUACUCCCAAGGACCUAACCUGGGCACUAGGAGCUGCCUUUGUGUACAGAAAUGUAGAUGGCAGUGUCGUGUGUGAAAGAGAAUGUGUCCAGUUCUGGUCAUUCUCUUAAAACAAAGACUUGUGGAGGCCAGAGAAGGUAGUGACCUUUGUAUGACUGCUGCUAGGGUGUGUGAUACGCUUAUAAGGGAAAAAUCAUGUAAUUUGAAAUAAAGUCAGUCUGAGUUCAGGAUGUGGAUAUAAGACAGAAGUUGGAAAGAAAGAACUAGGGUCUAGAAAGCAGAAAAAAUUCUUGUUCUUAUGAACCCCUUCGUUGACUUGUGUUUUGCAGUACCAAGGAUAGAAUCCGGCCUUGUACAUGCUAGGAAAUCUACUUUACCCCUAAAGUAUACCCCAGCCCUUUGUUGAGUUUUUUAAACAGGUACAGACUAAUGCCAAAUUCAAAAUAUAAGCCUAUAUCUUUUCUCAGUCAGACUAAAAGGUGGCAUCAUUAGGUCAUAUGACAUAGGGUAUCUUAGGGAAAUUGCAUUGCCAGGCCUGCAUACUAGUUAAUUCCCAAAGCCUCUGACUGGAGAGAAUACAACUUAAUUCUUUUUCAAGGAGGACCCUGAAUAAAGAGACAUCUUUAUUCUGUUGCCUCUACUAAGGAAAGGGCAUUUAAAAUACAUAAAUAGAGGAAAUCUUUUACCUGGGUUGCUCUUCCUGCCCCAGUCUCCAUUAGCCAGCCAGGAUGCUGAAAGCUGUUGGCAGUGUGUUAGGGUUGCAGGAAGAGCCUUUUGCAAGACGCUGGGUGUCUUCAUCACAAAGAGUAUAAAAAUGAACUCUUGGUACCCCACCUGGAAAGCCCUACAGGGACCCAGAGUGGCCGUGUGCCCAUCCUGAAGAUUUGCUCUUUAGAUCCAAGAGAAGCUAAUCUCAGUGGUCCAAGAGGGCUCAUCUUGCCCUCUGUUGUGCUGGCCCAUUUUGGAUGUCAGUCUUCAGCAUGAUUUCACAAAAUAAAUUUGGUCAAGACUAAGACCACUCUGCCAGAUGACCUGGGACCUGUGGGCUAGAGUCUCCUCUCCUACUCAGAUGGGCACAGUGCUGACUCCAGGAUCAGGAAGCAGCUAGCAAGGUGACCCCUUGUUUAAUGAAUAGGAGAACUGCCUUCAAUGCUUCUUCCUAUGGCCCAAUUCUUUUGUAUCUAAUUUAUUUUGUGAAGUAGCGACACAAUUGUCCUACAGGUCUCAGGCUCACCUCUAAAGAGUUUGCUAACUGGGGCUGGGGAUUUAGCUCAGCGGCAUAAGCACCUGCCUUGCAAGCAGGCAGUCGUGAGUUCGAUCUCUGGUACCGAUAAAAACAAAAAAGACAAAAAAAAAAAAGAGUUUGCUAACUUCCUAGCAAAAAAGUCAUGUGGGUCUUACACGCAUUUCACCAAGAAGGGGCUGGGCUUUCCAACCCAACCUCUGACUUGUCUUUAUACUGGAGGUUCUGAAUGUAAGCCAGCCUGGACAUUUUUGCCCUUUAAUGAUGAAGCUUGUAUUUUUGAGUGACAAUUUUGAUGCUGAAUUUAAGCCACUAUUCUUAUUUUGUUUUGGCAACUAGAAGUUUGAGAAUUUAUUUAGAAAUGGAACAUGGAUUUUUAACAGUUGCCAUAUUGGCUGAUUCCUGUGUUAGUUUAUUAGUGAUUAAUUUCUGAUUUGUGAUUAUUUGAUUUGAAAACUCUAAGAUGGAAAUUCUUUUUUUUCAAGGAAAAGAAAAUUAAAAGAAUGUCAUUUGAGUAUCUUCAGACCUUUGAACUGCAACAGAAAAUUGGAGGAUAUAACCUAGCUCUGGGCAUAUACUCUGGGCCAGUUUCUGUCAACAGUAGGUUGACUUUUGAGUGUCAUGUAAAGGUAGGUAAGAAAAGGUCAUGAAGAAGAUGCUAGAUCUUUGUAAAACUUUAGUAUCCAAAGUCACAGCUGAGAUAUCUUUAAUCAAGGUUAUAAGGCUAACUAUGGCUUAAAAGUAAAUGUUUUUAGUGAAAUUCUAAGCACUUUCCCCAAAUUAUUUAUUGCAAUAAUGUCCAAGUUUUGUUCCAGAACCCACCCUCUGGUGAUUGGUGGCAUAGGCCUCUUCAGUAAGGGUUCUGGCAUUCCAGCCUAAUAACCUUGCUUGACUCAAGCAAUACUGAGGUACAAGAAUUAGCAGAAAAAUGACAAAGUUGACCAAGAUUUGGAAAUGUCCAUCUAACUGGGAAAGACUGUGUAUUCCCAACCACUUUCCUCUAAGAUAAUGUAAACAUCCUUAUCUUGACGAGUGUGUAAAGGAAACCCAUGAAAUGACCCUGAUUUGGUGUUUAUUGAGACCCUUUAUCGCCUGCCACUCUUUUCACUCUUCACGGCCGAUACGGAUCAUUGGUUCUGCUGGUCACUGUGUGUGGUACAGUGUGUGCUCUGUUCCCUGUGGGUUUCACCCACAGACUCGGUUAGUCAUAAUAACCCCGCCAUCUUCUCCCAUACUGAGAAAUUAUGGAAGAAGCUUUCUGCUAUUGUGGCAGAGACGGGGAGCAGAAAAUCUACCCAAGGAAACACCCAUUUCUUUCAUACUAUUUGGCCUUUUGCCCUCACUACAUAACUCUCUACUGCUGCUGCUAGUCUCGUUUUUAGGGGAUUUUUGAGAAUAGGAUAUAUGGACGCAUUGAUCUUCAUAGGGUGACAACCAAAAGAUACAUACUUCCUGCUCCCAGACAAAAGGAGAGACAUCUCCUAAAGGAAGGUAAAAGGAAGGUACACCAUCUUUAUUUUACAAACUCUUUUAAGCUUCCUUAGACUUUGUUACCAAGGAUCUCAUUGUAAGAUUUCAUCAGCUUUCUACUUUUUAACUAGCUACCUUUUAUUUAAAAACAGUAAACAUUUUUAGACUAUUUAAUACUUCUUUAAAAUGAAGUGAUUUUUUUCCUUUUUUUUUCAGUGCUGGGAAUCAAACAGGGCCUUGCACAUGCCAGGCAAGCACUCCACUAAUGAGCUAUAUCCCCAGCCCCACAAUAAUAAACGUUUAAAAUAUUUUACUAUUUUAUAUUUAGUAAAAUUAUUUUCUAUAAAAUUGUAAGAUGUUUCCCCUCUAUCAAUUAACACAAAGUCAUAGCCCUGGCCUGUUGUAAACUUUUAAAAGUAUUUAAUGCUUGACAGGUAGUUGGUAGGCAGGGAGUCUUUUUUUUUUUUUUUUUUUUGGUACCCGGAAUCAAACUCGGUACCUCGCACUUGUCAGGCAGGCACUGUGCCACUGAGCUAUCUCCCCAGCCCAGGGAGUCCUUUUUUAAAAACAAUUUUAAUGAUGCAUAUCUUAUUAUAACAUUCACACAUUUCAAGAGUACAACUUAGUAGUUUCAGUAAGUUCGUCAGUGGUGCAGCCAUAACCAUUACUUAGCUUUAAAGAUAAGAUCCUUUAUGCUCAGUUAGUCAGCCCUGGUUCCCAUCUCUGAAUGUUUCUGUAAAUUCACCUUUUCUGGACAUUUCAUGUCAGAGGAAUCACUAUGUGCUAUCUUGUAUCUGGUUUUUUUCACAUAUCAUGUUUGAAGGCUUAUCGAUGACAUGUCUUGGUGGUUCUUUUUGUGACUGAGCAAUAAUAUCCCACCAAUGGGUAUGCCAUUAUAUCAGCAAAGAGCCUUUUAAGCUUGGAUUUCAAAACUUCCUGUGGUCUAAAUGGAAGCCUCUGUACAUAGGGCUCCUUAGGGGGCAGCUACUACGGUGUGUCAAAGAAAAUUCCUUUUCAGAACCAGCUUUGCCAUCAGAAGUUCCAUAAAAGGAAACUCAAUUGCUGCAAAACUUUUUGUAAUUUUCAACUUCUUUUUUAUAAGAAACUUUUGUGCUAUCUGCUACAUGUCAGGACUUUAGAAGCAUCAGAUCCACUCAAUAACAAUGUGCUUGAGUGGACAAGAAAGUAAAACCAUCGGUACUGGGUUGGAUAUUUCUUUUUCUCCUAGACUGGAUAGGGGAAUCUCUGAACUUCCUACAAUGUCAUGUCUCCAUUUACAAAACUGACCAUGUAUUAAAAGUCAUAUUGCCUGUGUUGGACACAUUUGGAGGGAAAGAGCGCCCACACAGGUGGAGAGGAGAAAAGGAGUGGAACUUGUGGAUGCCCCAGAGGGACUGUGCAUGACCCAGAGCUGCGGUGUGGACGUGCCUGAAAUUGCUGAAGUACGACCCAGGCAGCCUGGCCCCAGCUGGCUUAGGUGUAGACUCAUGUUUCUGCUUCACAAGUGUUAAAAGCUGUUUAUUUCCCUCCUAAAUAAACAUUAUAUGGCAGUUACUAUUUUGGGGAGGGAAAGGGAUUUAAAACAAAGUAAUUUUCAUAAAAGUAUCAAAAAUGGAAAAAUGUUACAUUAAAAAUUGCUAUACAAACCGAAUGGCAGCUGUUGGAAAUCUCAAUAAAAUGAGAAUAAAAUGCA